AGCCCCUUAGGUGAGGACUCCAUCUGGGGCCCAUUGCACAUCCCACAUCAUGGAGGUGAAGAGGACUCUUCCAGCUAGGGGAGCUGCCCUUUGAAAACCGGGGUCCAGUUCUGCUGGUUCUUCCUGCCAACCAUCUUCAAGAGAAGCUCCUGUUCCUGCUGGCCCACGGAUGGGGAGGUGGGCCCUUGACUUGGCCUUUGUGUGGAAGGCAGUGCUGACGCUGGGCCUGGUCCUCCUCUACUACUGCUUCUCUAUAGGCAUCACCUUCUACAACAAAUGGCUGACAAAGAGCUUCCACUUUCCCCUCUUCAUGACCAUGCUGCACCUGGCCGUGAUCUUCCUCUUCUCAGCCCUGUCCAGGGCGCUGGUUCAGUGCUCCAGCCACAGGGCCCGCGUGGUGCUCAGCUGGACUGAUUACCUCAGGAGAGUGGCCCCCACAGCACUGGCAACAGCACUUGAUGUGGGCUUGUCCAACUGGAGCUUUCUUUACAUCACUGUGUCACUGUACACAAUGACCAAAUCAUCUGCCGUGCUCUUCAUCCUGAUCUUCUCUCUGAUCUUCAAGCUGGAGGAGCUGCGUGCAGCCCUGGUCCUGGUGGUCCUUCUCAUCGCUGGGGGCCUCUUCAUGUUUACCUAUAAGUCCACACAGUUCAACGUGGAGGGCUUUGCCUUAGUGCUGGGGGCGUCGUUCAUCGGUGGCAUCCGCUGGACCCUUACACAGAUGCUUCUGCAGAAAGCUGACCUGGGCCUUCAGAACCCUAUCGACACCAUGUUCCACCUGCAGCCGCUCAUGUUUCUGGGUCUCUUCCCGCUCUUUGCCGUAUUUGAAGGUCUCCAUUUGUCCACCUCAGAGAAAAUCUUCCGCUUCCAAGAUGCAGGGCUGCUCCUGCGGGUUCUUGGGAGCCUCUUCCUUGGCGGGAUUCUAGCCUUUGGUCUGGGCUUCUCUGAGUUCCUCCUUGUGUCCAGAACAUCCAGCCUCACUCUCUCCAUCGCCGGCAUCUUUAAGGAAGUCUGCACCCUGCUGUUGGCGGCUCACCUGCUGGGUGAUCAGAUCAGCCUCCUGAACUGGCUGGGCUUUGCCCUCUGCCUCUCUGGCAUCUCCCUGCAUGUGGCCCUCAAGGCCCUGCAUUCCAGAGGUGAUGGUGGCCCUAAGCUCCCGAAGGGCCUGGGCCCCAGCGCUGACCUCGAGCUGCUGCUCCAGAGCAGCCAGCGGGAGGAAGAAGACGAUGAUUAUUUUGUGACCUAGGGGCAACAAUGACCAGUCCGGGAGCAGCAGAAGCAGGCCGCACUGCUGGCAACUCUUGGUGGGGGCUGGGAGCCCAGCUGCAAGUGGUGGUCUGAGUCACCUGUAGGACCUGGGGGGA